AUGGCUCGUAUUGUAGCAGCUGAUGAUGAUGAUACGCCGCAGUUUUACUCCAUGGAACUCAACUCCAUCUCGUCCGCUUCCGAUUCCACUUUAGGGCAACUUCUGAAGAACGUCAGUGACGUCAGGAAAGUAGCCGUUGGGGACGAGACUCCAGUUCACGAAGCCUUGAACCGGGAUUACGAAGAUGAUCUCAUGCGUACUGUUCCAUUCGUUCUCUCUUUCGACAGUCUCACUUACAGUGUCUCUGUUCGACCGAAGCUAGACUUUCGCAAUCUCAUCCCACGGCGUAAAACAGAGGAUCCGGAGAUUGCUCAAGUCGGAAGGCCGAAUACUAAAACCCUUCUCAAUAACAUCUCCGGCGAGACUCGAGAUGGAGAGAUCAUGGCCGUUCUUGGAGCUAGCGGCUCCGGUAAAUCAACUCUGAUCGACGCAUUGGCGAAUCGGAUUGCUAAAGGAAGCUUGAAAGGAACGGUGAAGCUAAACGGAGAAACUCUUCAGUCUCGGAUGCUCAAAGUUAUAUCGGCUUACGUGAUGCAAGACGAUCUUCUCUUUCCUAUGCUCACCGUCGAAGAAACACUGAUGUUCGCUGCCGAGUUUCGUCUCCCGAGGAGUUUACCUAAAUCUAAGAAGAAGCUUCGUGUGCAAGCUUUGAUUGAUCAACUAGGAAUCAGGAACGCCGCUACAACGAUUAUCGGAGACGAAGGCCACCGUGGAAUCUCCGGUGGCGAAAGAAGGCGUGUCUCGAUCGGAAUCGAUAUAAUCCACGACCCGAUUCUCCUCUUCCUCGAUGAACCUACGUCUGGUUUGGACUCGACGAGUGCGUUCAUGGUCGUUAAAGUGUUGAAGAGAAUUGCGCAGAGUGGCAGUAUCGUAAUUAUGUCGAUUCACCAGCCGAGUCACAGAGUCCUCGGUUUGCUUGACCGGUUAAUCUUCUUGUCUCGCGGCCACACCGUCUACAGCGGAUCUCCGGCGAGUCUUCCGCGUUUCUUCGCCGAGUUCGGCAAUCCGAUUCCGGAGAACGAGAACAGAACAGAAUUCGCCCUCGAUCUCAUCCGUGAGCUUGAAGGAUCCGCCGAAGGAACAAGAGGUUUAGUCGAAUUCAACAAAAAAUGGCAAGAGAUGAAGAAACAGAACAACCGUCAACCACCACUGACUCCACCUGCAUCACCGUACCCAAAUCUAACCUUAAAGGAAGCAAUCUCCGCCAGUAUAAGCAGAGGUAAGCUAGUAUCCGGCGGAGAAUCCGCCGCUAUCCAACACGGCGGAGGAAACACAUCCACGGCCCUAGCCGUCCCUGCAUUCGCAAACCCAAUCUGGAUCGAAAUCAAAACGCUCACAAAACGCUCAAUGCUCAACUCUCGCAGACAACCAGAGCUUUUAGGAAUCCGACUCGCCGCCGUGGUUAUCACCGGAUUCAUCUUAGCCACCGUUUUCUGGCGAUUAGACAAUUCCCCAAAAGGCGUCCAAGAGCGGCUAGGGUUCUUCGCAUUCGCGAUGUCAACAAUGUUCUACACUUGUGCAGAAACACUACCAGUUUUCCUCCAGGAACGUUACAUAUUCAUGAGAGAAACAGCUUACAAUGCUUACCGGAGAUCCUCCUACGUUCUCUCUCACGCCAUCGUCUCCAUCCCGGCGCUCAUCUUCCUCUCCGUAGCUUUUGCAGCGACCACAUAUUGGGCCGUGGGGUUAGACGGAGGCCCAAUGGGCCUAUUGUUCUACUGUUUGAUCAUUUUAGCCUCAUUUUGGUCAGGAAGCUCUUUCGUCACGUUUCUAUCCGGAGUAGUCCCACAUGUGAUGUUGGGCUACACAAUCGUCGUCGCCAUUUUAGCUUAUUUCUUGCUGUUCAGUGGAUUCUUCAUCAACAGAAACCGAAUCCCAGAUUACUGGAUUUGGUUUCAUUACAUGUCUUUGGUGAAAUAUCCGUACGAAGCCGUUUUACAGAACGAGUUCUCUGAUGCGACCAAGUGUUUCGUGAGAGGUGUUCAGAUUUUCGACAACACGCCAUUAGGAGAAUUACCAGAAGUCAUGAAGCUGAGGCUGCUCGAUACGGUGAGCCGGUCACUAGGGACGACGAUAUCGAGCUCUACGUGUUUGGCCACUGGUGCGGAUAUUCUAAGGCAACAAGGUGUGACUCAGCUGAGCAAAUGGAAUUGUUUGCUUGUCACGGUAGCUUUUGGGUUCUUUUUUAGGGUUUUGUUUUACUUCUCUUUGUUGCUUGGAAGCAAGAAUAAGAGGAGUUGA